UGGGGGACAGCCGCAGCAGCAGCAGCCACACCAUGGAAACGGAAACGGAAAUGAUGGCUAUUACGAUGAAUCUGGUUACUACAACGCCGACGCAAACAAUCCUUAUGCCGCAGAGGGUGGUUACUACGAUAACCAUGAUAAUUACCAAGGAGAGUACUACGACGAUGGCCAUGGCGGAUACUACGACAACUAUGGUCAAGGUGGUAAUAAUGGCAAUGGAGGACGACGCGGCGAUUCCGAAGAAGAUUCCGAAACCUUCAGUGACUUCACUAUGAGGUCAGAUAUGGCUCGUGCCGCGGAGAUGGAUUACUAUGGCCGUGGCGACGAGCGGUAUAGUGGUUACGAGCAAGGCAAAGGAUACCGGCCCCCUUCUUCUCAGGUCUCAUAUGGUGGCAACCGCUCAUCUGGUGCCUCCACGCCCAACUAUGGAAUGGACUAUGGCAACGUUCCCGGUAGCCAAAGAUCCCGGGAGCCGUAUCCCGCAUGGACGUCUGAUGCGCAGAUCCCUUUAUCCAAGGAAGAAAUUGAAGACAUUUUCCUUGAUCUUACCAACAAAUUCGGGUUCCAGCGCGACAGUAUGCGGAAUAUGUAUGAUCACCUUAUGAUUCUGCUUGAUUCAAGGGCAUCUCGAAUGACGCCUAACCAAGCCCUUCUGUCGCUCCACGCAGACUAUAUCGGUGGUGAAAAUGCCAAUUACCGAAAGUGGUAUUUCGCUGCUCACUUGGAUCUGGAUGAUGCCGUCGGUUUUGCGAAUAUGGGCAAGAAGUCCAAAAAGAAGAAGUCCAAGGGCAAGUCCGGCGAUCCAAAUGAAGAACAGGCUCUUGAAGACUUGGAAGGUGAUGACAGCUUGGAAGCAGCCGAAUACAGGUGGAAGACCCGCAUGAACCGCAUGUCUCAGCAUGACCGAGUUCGCCAGAUCGCUCUAUUCCUUCUUUGCUGGGGUGAGGCGAAUCAAGUGCGUUUUAUGGCCGAGUGUCUCUGCUUCAUUUUCAAGUGUGCAGAUGACUAUCUCAAUUCGCCUGCCUGCCAGAAUCUCGUCGAACCCGUUGAGGAGGGUACCUAUUUGAAUAAUGUGAUCACACCGCUGUACCAGUACUGCAGAGAUCAAGGGUACGAGAUCUCUGACGGAGUUUACGUUCGUCGUGAGCGAGAUCACCACCAGAUUAUUGGCUACGACGAUUGCAAUCAGCUUUUCUGGUAUCCCGAAGGUAUCGAGCGUAUUGUUCUCGAGGACAAGAGCAAACUAGUCGACGUUCCACCGGCAGAACGUUAUGUCAAGCUAAAGGAAGUUAACUGGAAGAAAUGCUUCUUCAAGACCUACAAGGAGACACGUUCUUGGUUCCACAUAAUUGUUAACUUCAAUCGUAUCUGGAUUAUACAUUUGACCAUGUUCUGGUUUUACACUGCCAAAAACGUUCCGACUCUUUUGGUUGGUUCGGUAUAUGAACAGGAAGUCAAUCAACAACCUCCCAACUCGGCACAAUGGUCUGUUGUCGGUGCUGGUGGUGCUAUUGCUACCUUGAUUCAGAUUAUUGCCACCUGUGCCGAGUGGGCGUACGUCCCGCGACGAUGGGCAGGCGCUCAGCAUCUCACUAAGAAGCUUCUGUUCCUACUCUUGGUAUUCGCCAUCAAUAUUGGUCCUAGCGUUUAUAUCUUUGGUUGGAUAGAUAAUCAGGAGACGCAACCCGCUCUGGUUCUGGGUAUAGUCCAGUUCAUCAUUGCGCUUCUUACCUUUUUGUUCUUCGCUAUUAUGCCUCUUGGUGGUCUCUUUGGCAGUUACCUCACGAGAAACUCUCGCCAGUACGUUGCAAGCCAGACGUUUACUGCUAGCUGGCCGCACCUCAAGGGCAACGACAAAGCGCUAUCAUAUUUUCUAUGGGCGGCUGUUUUCGGCAUCAAGUUCGGAGAAUCGUACAUCUACUUGACUCUGUCUCUUCGCGACCCGAUUCGUUAUCUUCAAAUCAUGGAUGUCUCGUCUUGCGUGGGAGACAUGACCCUUGGGACGGUACUCUGCAAAUACCAGCCAAUAGUAAUAAUGGUUUUGAUGAUUGUCACCGAUUUGAUUCUCUUCUUCCUUGAUACUUACAUGUGGUACGUCUUGUUGAACGCGGUCAUCUCUAUCGCGAGAUCAUUCUAUUUGGGAUCUUCUAUCUUGACUCCUUGGAGGAAUGUGUUCUCGCGGCUUCCCAAGCGAGUCUACUCCAAGGUCUUGGCUACUACAGAUAUGGAGAUCAAGUACAAACCGAAAGUUUUGAUCUCGCAGAUCUGGAAUGCCAUAGUCAUUUCCAUGUACCGAGAACAUUUGCUCGCCAUCGACCAUGUCCAGAAGCUGCUCUACCACCAAGUUCCUUCCGAGCAAGAAGGCAAACGCACUCUACGUGCACCAACGUUCUUUGUAUCUCAGGAGGAUCAUUCGUUUAAGACGGAGUUCUUCCCCACCUACAGUGAAGCAGAGCGUCGUAUCUCUUUCUUUGCCCAGUCGCUGUCUAUGCCGAUUCCAGAACCUGUCCCGGUGGACAACAUGCCUACAUUCACUGUUCUGAUUCCUCAUUACGGCGAGAAGAUUCUCUUGACCCUCCGCGAGAUCAUCCGUGAAGAUGAGCCUUAUUCCCGUGUUACGCAGCUCGAAUAUCUAAAGCAACUUCACCCUCAUGAAUGGGAUUGCUUUGUCAAAGAUACCAAGAUUCUUGCCGACGAGACGUCCCAGUUUAAUGGAGACGAUGAAAAGGGAGAAAAGGAUACCGCGAAGAGCAAGAUCGAUGACCUGCCAUUUUAUUGUAUCGGUUUCAAGUCUUCUGCUCCUGAAUACACUCUACGAACACGAAUCUGGGCAUCUCUUCGUUCGCAAACGCUCUACCGUACUAUUUCGGGUUUUAUGAACUACAGUCGUGCUAUCAAACUGCUAUACCGUGUUGAGAAUCCGGAAGUUGUUCAAAUGUUCGGUGGUAACUCGGAGAAGCUAGAACGCGAGUUGGAAAGAAUGGCUCGACGGAAGUUCAAAAUCUGUGUCUCGAUGCAGCGUUACGCCAAAUUCAAGAAAGAGGAGAUGGAGAACGCCGAGUUCUUACUUAGAGCCUACCCUGAUCUGCAAAUCGCUUAUCUUGACGAGGAGCCUCCGGCGGUUGAAGGUGAAGAGCCGCGAAUCUACUCUGCCCUCGUCGAUGGACACUCUGAAAUCAUGGAGAAUGGCAUGCGACGGCCUAAGUUCCGCAUUCAGCUCUCUGGUAACCCUGUGCUAGGUGACGGCAAAUCCGAUAAUCAGAACCACUCGAUCAUUUUCUACCGUGGAGAAUAUAUUCAGCUCAUCGAUGCCAACCAGGACAACUAUCUAGAGGAAUGCCUAAAGAUUCGCUCGGUAUUGGCUGAAUUUGAGGAAAUGAAGUCUGACAACAUCUCGCCCUACACACCCGGUGUCAAGACCGAGUCUGUAGCCCCCGUCGCCAUUCUCGGUGCCCGUGAGUACAUUUUCUCGGAGAAUAUUGGUAUUCUUGGCGAUAUUGCCGCCGGUAAGGAACAAACAUUCGGUACCCUCUUUGCCAGAACCCUGUCUCAAAUCGGUGGCAAGCUUCAUUACGGUCAUCCUGAUUUCCUCAACGGUAUCUUCAUGUGCACGCGUGGUGGUGUCUCCAAGGCUCAGAAAGGUCUUCAUCUGAACGAGGAUAUCUACGCUGGUAUGAAUGCAAUGCUUCGCGGUGGUCGUAUCAAGCACUGCGAGUACUACCAGUGUGGUAAGGGUCGUGAUUUGGGUUUCGGUUCCAUUCUUAACUUCACUACGAAGAUCGGCACUGGUAUGGGUGAACAGCUACUCUCUCGGGAAUACUACUAUCUUGGUACUCAGCUCCCUCUGGACCGUUUCCUGUCUUUCUACUAUGCCCACGCCGGUUUCCAUCUGAACAACAUCUUCAUCAUGUUGUCUUUGGAGAUGUUCAUGAUCGUCCUGAUCAACAUUGGCGCGCUUCGACAUGAGACAAACGCUUGUGAGUACAACCGGAAUGUCCCUAUUACGGAUCCCAUGUUCCCCACAGGAUGUCAGAACACAGAUGCCCUUAUGGACUGGAUUUACCGCUGCGUCAUCUCUAUUUUCGUCGUGUUCUUCUUGAACUUCAUACCUUUGGUUGUCCAAGAGUUUACAGAACGUGGUAUUCUACGUGCUGCAACUCGUCUGGCCAAGCAGUUUUGCUCUCUCUCCCCCUUCUUCGAAGUGUUCGUCUGUCAGAUCUACGCCAAUGCUGUGACACAGGAUUUGACUUUCGGUGGUGCUCGAUACAUCGGAACUGGUCGUGGUUUCGCCACUGCUCGUAUCCCCUUCGGUGUCCUCUAUUCGCGUUUCGCGGGUCCUUCAAUCUACUUCGGUGCGCGCUUGGUUUUGAUGUUACUAUUUGCAACCUUGACGGUUUGGCAGGCGGCGCUGGUAUAUUUUUGGAUCUCGCUCAUUGCGCUGGUUAUCUCGCCCUUCCUUUACAAUCCUCACCAGUUUUCGUGGAACGACUUCUUCAUCGACUACCGUGACUAUCUUCGCUGGCUGUCUCGUGGUAACUCUCUCAGCCACGCGUCCUCGUGGAUUUCUUUCUGUCGUCUCUCUCGUACCAGAAUGACUGGUUACAAGCGCAAGGUCCUAGGUACUCCGUCCGGUAAAUUGUCAGCUGAUGUUCCUCGUGCUGCGAUGAGCAAUGUCUUCUUCGGCGAGAUCUUUGCACCCCUCGCUUUCGUCGCAUUAACAGGCAUUCCGUACCUUUUCAUUAACGCGCAGACCGGCGUCCAUGCCCAUCAGGACAAAGUUGUCCCGACUGCAUCGCUCUUCCGUGUCGCUAUUGUUGCUCUUGCCCCUAUUGGCAUCAAUGCCGGUGUACUCGGUGCCAUGUUCGGCAUGGCUUGCUGUAUGGGACCACUACUGAGCAUGUGCUGCAAGAGAUUUGGUAGCGUAUUGGCUGCCAUUUCUCAUGCUUUGGCUGCCAUCUUUCUCCUCGUGUUCUUUGAAGUCAUGUUCUUCCUUGAAGGUUUUGAUUUCACGAGGACGCUCCUAGGAAUGAUCACCGUCGCAGCCAUUCAGCGGUUUAUCUUGAAGAUUAUUAUCACAUUUGCGCUUACUCGUGAAUUCAAGACGGACCAGUCCAACAUUGCGUUCUGGACGGGCAAAUGGUACUCUAUGGGCUGGCACUCGGUUUCCCAGCCGGCACGUGAAUUCCUCUGCAAGAUUACGGAAUUAACCAUGUUCGCCUCCGACUUCGUCCUCGGUCACUUCAUUCUAUUUUUGAUGUUCCCAGUCAUCUUGAUCCCGAAGAUUGAUAUGUUACAUUCGAUGAUGCUCUUCUGGCUUCGUCCGAGUCGUCAAAUUCGGCCGCCUAUCUACUCGAUGAAGCAGUCGAAGCUCAGGAGGAGACGUGUUAUUCGCUACGCUAUUCUGUACUUUACUCUGCUUGUUGUCUUUGUCGGUCUGAUCGUUGGACCCGCCGUAGCGGGCAAGCAGAUCGGACCUACUUUGACCGAUGCUCUAAGUGGCCUUGGCAUCCCGAUCGCGCAACCGGCUGGCCAAGAUCAUAACGACACUAAGAACCAUACUCAAACCGGUACGGGCAGGCCAGGGUACUCAGGACCCGGUCUAGCAUCGAUGACAAAGACGGCGGACGCCGCUGGUUCAGCGGAAACGGACAAGUCAGAUAGCAGCGACGAUACUCGGAAGUUCCGAUUUGUCUAAGAGGGACACUAGAAGGGAUGCUUGUACCAUAAAAGAAAAAAAGAUGGUCCUAGUCCCUCAACCAGUACGAGAUUAAGUGGAGUGCUGGUGUGAUAUUCCAAGUUGUUUUUUGAUGCUGUGUAUUGACUAGGUAAAGAAGGCGGCAUGGCACAUGGUAUUUUCAUUCUUCCUAAAGUCAUGGCAUCAAUAUUUGCAGGGUUUUUCUUCCGUUUUUUUCUGUCUCUGGAAUGGAAAUGAGAUGGUGUUCUAUACGUAAUGAUAAAGGCUCCGAUUGCAUUUAUUACUUAUUACUACGAUGACGUUUUCAUGCGUGAAGUAUUUUUAUGUGACAUGAAUGAUGUCGAUGUCGAUGUUGAUGGCGGGGGAGUAAAAUAGAAUAUCCCACGCAACAAGCAAGUAUUAUAGUGCAGUAUUAUAAUUAAUAUUUACUAUCAAGUGAUCACA